GACUAGACACAGUUUGUAUUGUUGGCCAUGGAAUUUGCUCGUUCAGUUGGGGGAUAGGUUCCAUGACGAACAAUAAUAAUGUGAAAUUUUCAGAAAUUAAACUGCAAAAUUUAACAUUCAUCGAUUUAAAUAAAGCAUGGGAGCAUAUUGAAGAGGAAAGAAUUACGAUUGGCGAAUUAUAUCUGGAGCUUACAGGUUUAUUAAAAAAAGGUAUUCCAAACAAAUUUACUCCCACUGAAUCAUCGUCAUGUCCCGAAACAUAUACCAUUGCUAUUAAAGGUCAGACGACAGAAUUAAAAUUAGACGAUGACAUUUUUAGUGAAAAAAUUUUACCACUUGAAGAAGGAAUAAAGCUUCACAGAACUGGUAUUUUGGAAAAUAAAAAGUUAGCUUUUGAAUGUUUUAAAGAAAAUUCAAAGCUUGGAAACGCUACUGCAAUGUACUGGUAUGCGCGUUACUUUCUAGAUGGUCAUUAUACUAAUGAGAACAGAUCAGAAGAAAGAAAGUCACUUGAUAAAGCUAAAGCUCUUAAAAUUUUUAAAAUGGCUGCUGAUGAAGAUAAUGCUGACGCACAAUUAUUAUAUGCAUUUACUUUACCCAACACAAAGAGGAAUCAACAACUCGGAUUAAGGUACUUGAAACUUUCUGCAUUGGAAAAAAAUGAACUUUCACUUCGAUUGGCAAAAGCUAUGAAUGUAAAUAUCUAUGAUUCUAAUGAUGUUAAUGCUUCUUAUGAUAGUAGUUUUUAA